AUGUGCGAAGUCACGAAGGUGGUUUUGCCCGGUGCAGCUGUAUUCCCCGAUGGUUCAUGCCUAGUCCCAGCUGGUGGCUUAUCGACUUGUCUUUCGGCUCAACGACAUUCUGUCCCAGUAUAUGUACUCGCUGCAUUUUAUAAGAUUACUCCAUUCUUUGUACCGGAUCCCAUGAUGGUGAAUCCGAACAAGGCUCCUGGAGUUUCCGUUCAAGCAUUCCGUCUCGUUUCGCGGUCUAGUGGAAGUUCCUCGACCAACAUUCGACCAUAUCCCGGCUUCACUUGUUACGCUUUAUGUUUCUAA